UCUCCCCAUGUGACCUUGACGCCCUGGAUUGCCCCGGUGCCGGCUGAACACGAGCGCAUUUCCGGCGCAUGGCGACCGCGCGAUCGCUCUCUCGCUAGCCCCUCCGGACACAGGAAAAUGUCCAUUACAAACGGCCAGUAUGCCUGGCACCCGCCCUCCGCCUCCCAGGUCAAUGGCAACAGGAUGCAUCACGUUGUGGACGAUGGCCCGGCGCCGACGCAGCCGCUCGGCGACAAUCCGCUGCCGCUGAUGCCUGAGGCAUCCGAUCUCGACGAGGAUUCUCGACGCGCCCACUUUGCCGAACUCUUCCGUCGGGCUGACGCCAGGCUCUCGCUGCUGUUUGAAGACAAUGGCGAAUACAAUCGGACCGCUCUUGAGUCUCUGAAGCGUGCCCCGACCCCUCCCCCGUCUCUGCCGCUCCCUGCGACGGACCACACGCCGAUCCAGGAGCCGCCCCGCAAGCGGGCGAAGCGCGUCAUCGACGAAGAUGACUACGGCGACGACGACGACGAAGAUGAGUCUGGGAACGAAGCAGCCGCGCGCGCCCCGCAGGUGUCCCCGUCCCUACAGUCGAAACACGCCCAGGCUGCCGCCGCCCGAACCCUGCUGUCGCCGUCCAAGUCCGGGAGCUCCCCGGUCCACUCCGUCCCAUCACCCGGGAAGCAAGGCGAUAGAGGUAGGGAAGACGGGUCGCAGGGCCAAGCAAAGUCAUCCGAGGAUGCGCGCAAAGAGCUGGAGGAGGCGCGCAAUGCGACCGAGGAGGCGGUCAAGCGGAGCUUUCACACACUCUUCUACACGUUAGAAAACGACAGGACCGCCAUGCUCGAGCAGCAACAAUUGGAAGAGUCCGAGAAGCAGCUUCAGGCCGAGAUGGACAAGACGAGCCACAGCCACACCAGCCAGCCAGGACAAAAUCAUGGCUCGCUCAGCAAUGCCAACCUCGGCGCGUCAAGUCUCACCCUGAAGCAUCUCAUAGCCAGGAUAGACAUGAAGCGCGACCAGGUCCGCGCGUCGGAUGCCGAACUCCGUUCUCUGAUGAAUGAAGUGCGCAAAAACAGGAGCAAGUGGGCAAGCGAGGAGAACGUCGGGCAAGAGGAGCUCUACGAAGCCUUAGAAAAGGUGCUCAGUGAACUCAAGGCCCACACCGAAUACUCGACUCCGUUCCUGAACCGGGUGAACAAGCGUGAUGCGCCCGACUACUACAACCUCAUCAAGCAGCCCAUGGACCUCGGCACCAUGACCAAGAAGCUCAAGGGGCUUCAGUACAAGUCCAAGGCGGAAUUUGUCUACGACCUGAAUCUCAUCUGGGACAACUGCCUCAAAUACAACGCAGACAUGGGCCAUCCGCUCCGUCGCAUGGCCAAUGGCAUGCGGAAAGAGGCCGAGAAGCUCAUUCCCCUCAUCCCAGACGUCGUCAUCAGACCGAGAGCCGAAGUCGAGGCCGAAGAGCGCCGAAAACAAAACGGUGGCGAGGAUGAUGGCGGUGACGACAGCGACGACGAGCCGAUAAUGUCAUCUCGAGGUCGCAAGGCCGGGACAAAGGGGGCCAACAAAUCCCGGAAGGCGCCGGCUGAUCAGAAAGAAGGUACCCCAAAUGUGGAGCAGAAGCCCUUGCUGCAGCUUAACGGCCUUCUCGCCAAAUCCCACAGGGAAGGUUCCGAAAUUGACGGCAGCAAUGGCUUCGCUACUCCGCCGAUAGGUGGCUCUUUAACGCCUAGCGGCAUGAACGGCCAUUCCGGCGUUAGCAAUGCCGACGGUAUGGACAUUGAUGGGCCGUCGUUGAACGGCAUAGCCCUCGGACAAGCGCUCGGCGAGGCUGCUGAACAGGCUUACGAAGACGAAGCAUACAAGAUCUGGAAGCAAGUCACAAAGAAGGAUCGAGCCCUCAUAGCCAAAGAGCGGUACCAGCUAUUCGCGGGGAACAAGCUUAAUAUCGAGGAACCCGCGCUUCUAAGAAGCAAAGCUGGAAUGCGUCGAUUCCUGAAAUCGAGGAGAGAGGCUGAAGCUCUCGGUGUAUUACGCUCAUCUCACCUCGACGCUUCGGCGGCCGGCUCAAAGGACGGGUCGAAGGCUCCGGAGACGCUCGCCGAGGGUAUGGAAGAUGAGGCCGACCGCACGGUGCCGGCCUAUUAUGAGCCUCAGACGAUUGUGCCAGAUAUUGACCCAAAGCUGCAAUGGGUUGAAGAUGGCGAAGGUCAGGUCAUCAACCAAUUUGAAGACAUGCUCCGGCUGGUUCCGCCAGGUCACUUCGUGUCGCCGCCCAGCCGUUUAGCGAAGAAGCUGGACGCCAACAUUCGACAAAUGCAGGAAACCCGCAAGCUCUGCUCUAAGAUCGGGGUCAUCAAGCAGAUGCAGAUCCAAACACACGUGUACACUAAUCAAUUUCCUAAAUAUAAUCCUGAACCGUUUGUAGAAGCCGACAUUGAGCCGCACUUCCUUGCUGGCGAGGGUCCCGUCAUGGCGGGCGAAGUCUGCCGGGCGACACUGCAACGCUCGGUGGCCAAGAUCUUCUAUCACGCCGGGUUUGAGGAGCUACAGCCCUCGGCGCUCGACACCAUUACAGAUAUCGCCAGUGAUUACAUGCAGAAACUUUUCCGCACGUUCACCACGUACCACGAAGCCGAGAAGAAGCCUGCCGUUGGCGUUUAUGCGGAAAGGGGUGCCCGCUUUCAGCCACGAUUCACCCGUGAAGAGGUCAUCCUGCACACCCUAGACGAGAACGGACAUGACGUCGAAUCCUUGGAGAGCUAUGCCCGCGACGAGGUGGAACGGCUAGGCACCAAGCUCGGCAUGCUGCACGAACGCAUGAAGGCGCAUCUCGCCGAUCUCCUCCGCCCGGCGCUUAACGACGCCGGCGCCGACGGUUCUGGUGCCUUCAACGAUGGCAGCGAGCAGUUCAUUGGCGGCGACUUUGCCGAGGAGCUUGGCGAGGACUUCUUCGGCUUCAAGUCGCUCGGCCUGGACAAGGAAUUAGGCCUGGAGAUGCUCUCGGUGCCGCUGCACCUCCUGCAGUCGCGCGUCCGCAACCAGUACCAGCUGCAGACGCAGACGGCCGGCACGGUGGUCGCCGACCUCCUCGAGGCCCUGCCUCCCCCCGAGCCCGUCACCAAGGAGAACAUCCAGGAGCAGAUCGGCCUGGUCAAGAACUUCUUCCUUGCCAAGCUCCAUGCCAACGGCGACCAGCCCCUGAUCGAGGACGAAGAUUUGCCGCUCAAGCAGCGCCGCGCCAGGCCGCGGCUGGGCGCGACGGGUAAGAUCGUCUCGCCCCAGAAGAGGCCGCCCAAGGAGCAGAUCGCCCUGGCCAAGAAAAAGAAGAAGCUGGAAAACGGCGCUGCGCAGGUCACGGAUGGGAUUAACGGCAAUAGCAAGCCUGGUGGUGGUGGUGCUGGGGGGUUCGCUAAUGGGAGUGCCUCGCCCGAGAAGGCCGGGGCAAGGAAACCUAGCAAGGCCGGCGGCCCCGGUGCCGCCCCCGGUGCUGCUGGCUUUAACCCUGCGGGCGCCGCAAGCACGUCCGGGCCGCCCAUGACUGUCCAGGACAGUCAGGCAACGGCGACAACGGCGGAGGAUAAGGAGGAUAAAGAUGACGCGGCGAACGGCGGCGGUGCAGGCACGGGCAUGAUGAGUCCGGAAAGCCCGGGGCAAGGAUGAUGAUGAGAGGGUUGGAUAUGAAACGAGGUGAUGCGAUUUAAUGAGGACGGGAUGGGAUGAUGGCGGGAAUGUAGUGGCAAGGCAAAGCAAGGCAGCAAAGGGAUGCACUGU